AUGGAAUUGGCUAGUGAUUCGUAUCAAUUGCAACACGUGCCAAAUUUUAUUAGUAGUAAUGCAUCUCAAUCGUCUCUUAUUGCUAAAUAUGAGACUAUUGCCAAAUCGCUGCAACCAUACGCCACAAGGAAUCCAAAAUCUCUCACUUAUUUCAUAAGAUUAAUUUCCCAUACAGCACAACGACCGCAGUCGAGUACUGUUUUUACUUGGAUUGCCAGGGAUGAUCAUUUGGGCUAUCAUAAGAAAUUCGACUGCACUAGCUAUAGUCAAGUAAUAGAAAGAUAUUAUGAGGCUUGCGUUUUUAUAGACAUGCGCUGCACCCCUCAGAAAAAUCUCUAUUUGCAAAAUAUCAAUCCAUCGAAUAAUAUAUUCGGCUCUUCACAUAUCGAGAUUAAUUUGCCCUUUACAGGGUUGACAGAAUCGAUUCCUGAUUAUUUACUUGGAGAUUCUCAUUUAGAUAUUGAAAUCGUUUCUAAAACGGAUGGAUUUGAUAACGUAAAUCAAAUUCAUGGCGUAUACACUGCUUCCACUUCCUUAUCCCCUGUAAACGUUGAAUAUGAAACUACUCCACUUGAAAUUAAAUCAACCCUCAUUGAUUCCAAAUUCACUGUUGUUAACGAAGUGAAAGAUCCAGUUCUAUCUGAUACCGCAACAAUCUACUCAGAUGAUACGUGGGAUGAAGAAUGGGAUGAAUUGGUUAAUAGUAGUGGAAAAGUCACUAAGAGAGAGGUUAUUAACUAUCUGUAUCCAAAGUAUGUAUAUAGUUACUCAACACACAUAUCAUAUGAUGACACUCCCACUGGUUAUUGUAAAAAACCAGUGUUAGUGGAUGAUAGUGGCAGCUGGCAUUAUGAAUGUCCAAAAGGGGAUCCAUUCCAGAAUCAAUUGGUGAAUGAAAUUAGGGAGUGGAAUAUUUUCAAGGAGGAAAGAAAGGCGGUGAUGAUAAAAAAGUCACUUUUAUACCCUAAUCGCCAUACUGUUUUGGAAAAUACCCCACAAAAUACAGUGACAAACGUCAAAAAUGUUGUAGACGGUUUUAUAAAUAUGAAGACUAAUAAAAAUGAGGUUCAAUGUAGAAAAAAACCACGCCGUAGGAGGAAUCAACUAAUGGUUUGCGAAAUAAAAUGCGAUGGCAGAGAAUCUUCAGGCAACUACGUAUUAAGAAAGAAAAAUCUUAUUGGUAUAUCAGCACUGGAGGCUUUUGAUAAUAACUGGGCCUAUGAAAAAAUCCUUAGGGAUAUCAAAAAACAGUCCAAACAUGAUAAAAUUAAGACCAGUGACCCAUUGGGAAGUGAGGAUAAGGUUAAGAGGAGGAUAGGUAGGCCUCCCAAAGUUGACAAGUUCAAAUCUCAAGAGAGGGAAUCUGAUCGGACGUUUCCAACCAAGGUAAGACGGGGAAGGAUCCCUAAAAGUGUCAGUUAUUCUCACGUUUCCACCUCCAUAACCACCAACAAAUUGGAUGGCCCCAAACCUGCACUUGAUCAUCGCAACAAAAAGAUCAAACAACCACAUGACCAUUCGGAAUCAAUUACUGGUGAAACUCCAACCAGUCACAGUACGUUCAAUAAUUAUACUAUUGGUGAAGUAACUAGCAUAUUCGCUUACGGCAAUGACAAUUCAACCUCCAAUGAUAUUAAAUCUUUCGGUACUAGGUCUCCCAUUUUUAUAAACGAAGCAACCAAUCACCAUGUACCGAUAAUAGGAACCAAUGCCAGUAUAAAAGUUAGUGUGAAUAAUGAUCAAUCACAUCUAUCGGCAAUUAGCGGGUUUCCAAUGAAGAACUGUGACAACGAAUAUUUUGACUACGAGAAUUAUGAAGGGGGUGUGUCGGAAAAUGAUAUAGUUGGUACAGGUAAAAUGCUGCAAACCUUGUUUAAAAGAACGCACAGAUCCAGAAAGCCGCCCAGUUUUUACGAUUGUUAUAUUCCCCUUGAUAUUAAUGAAUGA